AUGGCACCUAAACCAAAAUUUCAAUUUGCAUUUGAAGAGGUUGAAGUAUCUAAUGAUGAAGAAGAAGAGGAUCAAGAAAAGGAUUUAACAGAGAAUGAGUUUGAAGAUUUUCUAAAAAGUAUCUCAAUCCCUAAAGAGGAUGUGGCCGUCACACCUUUGGCUAUGACUAAAAGAGAUCGUAAUUUAACUGUGCAAUUUUAUUCAUCUACCUCUAAACAGAUGGAUAAUCUUAUUGUUGAACUUCAGCGAACUAUGAGGAAGCCUCCCCAAACAAUUCUUGUUACAACCGAACCUCCAUCUAAGAGUGAUCAAGAAGAUUCAGCUCACGUUCUUCUCCCAAGGAGAAGAAAAAGAAGAGAUCUAACACCUAGAGACAUUAGAAUCAGUGAGCUUGGAAAGGAUAACUCCAUUAAAGAUGUAAAGAUUUCAGAACUUCAAGAAAAUCUUGGUGGUCUAAUUGUUUUAUUCUUUAACCUAAAACAACGCUUACAUCAAAAGUUUGGUGAUGAUUUUCAACCUUUAAGCGCUGAAGGAGAUAAGAUUUAUGCUUCUAGUUCUGGUCUAGUCAAUCCAACUUCUCAACCUGCAAGUGAAAGAGUUAUAAGACCAGUUCCACAUGCAAAUCUUUAUACAUUUUUAUCUUCUGGUCAGGCUUCUGCUCAAGAAGGAAGAGAGAAGCAAAUCAGGGUUGAGUAG